UUGAUCAAAUACUUGAAACAUUUGCUAGGCAGGAAUGAUGUCUAUAAAUCAUAUCAAGGCUGCCUGGAUUGCCUAUAAUGUGCAAUCUUUUUGCAUUCUAAGCCUCUUAAUCCAAGCUCUAUUGCUUCUUUUAGCACCAUUCAGGAAGAGAACAGGCAGUAAAAUCCUGAUGGUGUUUGUUUGGUCAGCAUACAUGGCUGCUGAUUGGGCCCCUGCUUUCAUUCUCAAUCUCAUUGUAAAUUACAGCAAAACAAGACAUGACAAGACAGAACUUAUGUCAUUUUGGGCUUCUUGUAUGUUGUUGCACUUAGGAGGUUCUGAUCACGCGAUAGCUUUUUCCCUCGAGGACAAUGACCUGUGGUUUAGGUAUGCUUUCACGUUUGUUUUCAUGUUCCUGUCCUCUGCCUAUGUGUUCUACUUAUCGUUCUCCCAAGUAAACUAUCUUUGGAUCCCAAAUGUCCUAGUGUUCUUGGCUGGGAUCAUCAAAUGUUACGAGAGGGCACGUGCUAGGUUCAUAGGGAGUAUGGAUAAGUCCAUAACGUUGAGUAAUCCUAAGUACGAAGAUGUUGUGAAGAGGAAGUCGUCAGAAGAACCUCACAAUUUCCGAGCAGGAGAGCCGGAUGAUGUGGAGGUUAUACAACUUGCAUAUACAAUAUUCAGGGCCUAUAAAGGUGUUCUGGUGGAGCACAAGUUCACUUUUGAGGAGUAUGGUAGAAUUCAACAACUCUUGCAAAACAGAACUGAUUUGUUUGCUUUUAGAAUCGCGCAGGCUGAACUCGAGAUUCUACAUGAUGUUCUAUACACUAAGGCCCAAAUUUUCCAUGAAAGUUUUGGGAACUCAGCUCGAUCUGUCUAUUGGGUUCUGCUUCCUGCAGCAUUGGCCUCUUUCUCUUUGUUGGUGAGGAACAACAAGCAAAAGCAAUUUGAUCCGUUCGAUGUAGGACUAACCUACAGCUUACUCAUUGGAGGUAUGGCUCUGGAUGCCAUUGCUUUUGUUGUCUUGCUUUAUUCCUCAACUUUCACAAUUGCCACAAUGUCAAGGGCAACGUCGAGGCCAAUCACUUGGGUGGUCAAAUUCCUCAAAGCUUUAAAGUGGCCACGGCCACGUGCUCUAUGGUGUUGGAGACCAUCUCUCCAACAAUUCAACCUCAUAACCUAUGGUUUAAAUCGACCUCCAAAAGCAUGGGAAUGCAUAAUUGAUUCCCUACACCUUACAAAUUAUCUUGAUGAGAUGAUAUAUGUGAAAAACAAGAGUCUUUCUCCUAUAUUGGAAGCUGAAAUUCUAAGACAAAUAGAAAUACGUCUAAAUAGGCAUGAUUGGGAUUGUAACUCGUAUGCUUCUACAUUCACUAAAUGCACCAGCAAGUUCCCUGUGUCGAAGGAGCUUGACAAGAACGAGUUCCUCAUAGUAUGGCACAUUGUGACAGAGAUUUUCUAUAAUGUUGUCGAUGUACCUGAGGAAAAUAUUGGAUCUGAUUCAAGAGAGUUGAACAAGUUUAGAGAAUGUUCAAAGUCUCUAUCAGACUACAUGGUUUACAUUCUUAUUUUUCGCCCUUUCUUCAUGCCUGUUCCUAACAAGAAGAAGAUAGAAGAGACCAACAACAAGAUAAAAGAAUUGCUUCAUGAAAAGAAAAAUUCAAGCCAACAAGAAGCUUGCCAAGAGAUCAUGAAAAAAGCUGCUGAGGGGAGAAUUCCUCAGGAAUCGUUCUUGUAUGAAGCUUUUAAGGUUGUCAACUGUUUGCAAACUGAAUCUCCUUGGUGUCAAGACAGAGUUAAAUGUUGGGAUAUUAUUCAUAAAACUUGGAUCGCAAUAUUAUUUGAUGCUGCCAAAUGCUCUGCACCGCGUGCUCAUGCACAAUAUCUUGUGAGAGGUGGUGAAAUUUUAUCCUUAAUCUGGUUGUUGGGUGCUAACUGUGGAUCCAUGGCUCAGUUUUCAUUUUUUGAAGAUUCUGAUGAGGAAAAUCAAGCUAGUAAUAUGGCUAGGCUCGAAUCGAUAUAUUACUAAAGUUUAGGAAUGUAACAUAUCAUGUGAAGAAGAGCAUCAUACCAGUUGGU